AUGGCUUCAGUAACACAGAGAGAAAUACCAGAUAUUCAGAAAUACGUUGCUUGGCCCCCAAUCAUCAAGCAUGUUGUCCCACUAGGUCAUUUAUACGACGGUAAGUCAACCCAUGAAAUUUAACAAACUAACAUUCUAAUAAAUUUCUAACAUUACUCAAGAGAGUGGGAAUUCCUAUCCGAGAAUGGGAGGAAGAUCGAGCGGACUGCCAAACGGACAUGUGCUAUUCCAAUUCAACAACACAUUCUGCCACAAUGCAGCAGGCCAAUUUCUAGGAAAAACAGAUUCUACGCUCUCAUUUCUUACCAAUUCCACGAAUCCCGUCAUGUCGAGAUACUUGGCGCCACCAGGAUCAAUCAACGUUGAAAUCAGCGAGAGACAAAUUCCAAGUUUGUUCAAACGCUUCGAGGACGAACUUGACAAGAAAAACGACAAUAAGGUAUUUUGGGCCACUGGUGGAAUUGCUUGGUAUCUUAUAACAGGUGCCGCAGCAUAUGGAUGGACCUUCUUCGAAUACCGAGGAAUUAAAAAGGAUGGCUCAACCGUCCUCGUAGCGGUGGGUAUAGCCUCUGUGGAGGUUGAUUACCGUGCCAACCCGACGACUAUUGUAGCUAAGCGUGAGAUGGCUGGCUGGAGUGAGCGUAUACUAUUCAAUGUAAGUCAUCAACUCUGCACAAAGUGAAACUUACCAAGACAAUGAUAGCCUAGUGAGCCUCGACUUGGAACUUUCUCAGUCCUUUCCGACGGAAAAUAUUUAUACGCCUACGGACACAAAGGUGGCGAUCACAAUGGAGAUUAUGACGUAGUACUAGGUCGCGUACCUUUGGAGCUUGCAAAAGCAAGAGCUUGCUGGGAGUACUGGGGUGGUGGAAGAGGUUGGGUUAAAAACCAUUUCUUCUCCUGGCCAAUCUUGAAGAACUGCUUACAUGGUCAAAUAUUCAACACAAAGUUGUUCGGAGAGGAUUCACCAUACAGAUUUGGCUUCGUUGGCUGCACCCGGACAGGUGAUAGCAAGCUAAUGUUUGGACGAGCUAUCAAUCCUUGGGGACCUUUCGAGAUUGUCGAACUGAUGAAGGCAUAUCCUUUGGGCCAUAUACAGAAGUUCGCAUAUACUACCCAUAUGUUUGCUCACCCGUGGGCUUUUCCGGAGAGCAAAGGAGAUUUAAUGGUCACUUGGAGUGAAGGAGGAUCAACAGGAAAUAUUGUCGCCGUAAAAAUCCGCUUUGAGCAGGGCAUCGGUCGCUUACAAUCCAAUGAGCUAAGAGUUGUCCAACGCAUCGAGGAAGAAAUAGACAAGGACAAUAUCGCUCUAUCGGAGCUUCAACUUCACGAUGAAUUGUAUAGCUUCGGACGGUAUGAAAAGGACGCCGAGCAGAAAACUGUAAUCGCCACACCCAGGAAGAAGAAUGUAUUCAAGAAGGCUGCUACCGCAUUUGGCGAAUUAUGUAAUAAGAACGCUGCUUAA